GAACGAAACCAUAUUGUCAAAGUUGACAAAAGACGAAAACUACUGACGUCACUUUUGCCCGAAUUUGUAUAUUUCAAAAUUAUAAUAAUUUAAGAGAACUACGAAUAUAUUUACCAUUCAUUAAAAAAUGGCAGACCCAAAAUACGAAAAUUUACCAGGCAUAGCAUACGACCAGCCUGAUGUAUAUGAAACUGGCGACUUGCCUGAAGCCGAUCAGCAGGAGCCCUUUGAGGAAGAAGAGAACGAAAGUAUCGAAACCCUGCACUUGUCUGUGAAGGAUUCUUUCAAUAACUUCAAAGGGAAGUUUUUGACUGGUGCAGUAGAUUUCUCUGACCGUUUAAGCAGAAAAAGUAGGAUUGGAUACAGGGCUGGUGAAUACGAGCUGGCAGCAGAAGGAGAACCAGAGACAGUACUGGAGCGCUACAACAGGUUGCGGUGCGAGUUCUCAGACUUGCUGGAGCAAGUGGCUGAACAGCAAAAUAAGGCCACGGAAAGUGAGAAGGACGAGUAUUCCCGCCUGGCGACUCAAAUAAACGCGACCAAGAAGAUUCUGGAGGAGCUGAAGCUUGAGGAAGGUGAACAUGUCGACCCCACGGCUGAAAAACUCAAGGAGUAUUUAGCUCAGGGUGGUAAGAAGAAACAGCCGGGCGUAGCGACCGCUAGUCUUAAGCUGAAACCUGAGGUCAACCUCGGGCAGACGACGCGCAUCGCUCAGCUGGAACACAGGUUACAUAAGUUGGAGCAAGCAGCCGGCGUAAGAGACGAAGAGGCUUUCCGAAGACUGCAGGCUGCAACCGGAGAGGCGACGCUAUGCGGCGCGGCCGCUACACUAGCGGCGCAAACCGCUCUGCUGCGGCCGGCGGAGAUAGCGGCAGCGGACGCUCGCGCCGCCUCGCUCCUCGCCAACGUCGAGGCCAUACGCGCCGCUCGCCCCUCCGACCCCGAGCUCGACGCCAAGGUCAACGAGUUAUACAAAUUAGUGCAGCAGAUCGACGGAAUAUCACAUUCAGAGAUCCUUGAGAGAAUGGAAGCCCUUGAAUCUCUCCACAACCAAGCGAGUAACUUCGGCAAAUCCUUGACGGAGCUAGAAACGCUACAGAGCACCAUCGCGUCCGGCGUCAAAAACAACAAGGAACUCUUGCAGGGCGUACAAGAGGUGUUCGCGCACAACAUCGACAGCCUUCAGAAGGAGAUCAAAAAACUGGACGACCGCAUCGGCAAGCUGACCGCGUGAUGAGGCGGCCGCGAGGUUACAAUGGCAACUAUUGUUUAAAUUAACUUAGGAAAUGGGCUUGUAAGCUUAUCGCCACUUGCACCAUCCCACUAACCCGGGGUUUACCGGUCAAACCGUUAACGCAGUGUCAAAGUGUACUGGUAACCAUGGUAACUCCAGGUUUAACCGAUUAACCCCGGGUUAGUGAAUGGUGGAAGAGCCGCUCGCCUGCAACGACUGGGCAAGCAACAGUGUGGAAGAGCCGCUCGAAAUCCAUAUGAAAAACAUACAAAUAGUUUAUUCACCAAAAUAAGUUUAUAAAUUGACAUCUUAUAGAUUGAAAUUAACAUUAAUGUUUUACAAUUAAGAUAAUAUCCUAUAGCCCCAGACUAGGCGCAGCGUGUAUCUUGAGAACCGGGAUAAUUGAUUUUACUGAGAGAUUUUAACUUGCCUGAAUAUGUUGGCCAUAUUUUGAAUGAGAAAUCUAACAUUAAAUAUGAAAUUAAUUUAAGUACAUAAAGUGCAUGCAGAAAAAAUACAAUAAAAGAAACGUGUUUUAUUAUACAAAAGCUUAUAAUGGCUGCCACAUAUUGUCACCUUGUCGCUGCCUAGUCCUUGUAGUCGUAGUUGGAAUUUUCUGGGGUGUUUUUUUAGCUUUAACCGCUAAUCUGUUAGGUAAACAAAUGGUAUUGUUUCUUUUAUGCAGUGUUUACUACUCUGACUCCGUAAUAAGUGAACGGGAACAAACCCGUUUAAACAGCAAUUUUACCAUCCAAUUUAUAUGGUUCAAAUUCAUGUAACAGGUCAUUCGAUUCGUUAUUUACAAAAAAAAUAUACCUGAAUGAUCGUUCUACAUCACCCAAACGUGUUAUCUCCGAAUGAGCUGUUACAUAAACUUGCACCUUAAUACUAUCACGAUACAGUUGCUUUUUAAACGACAUUUGAUACACGUGCGGAAUACGGGAGCUGACCGCUUGCAUAAAAGAAACAAAAAGGCUUUUGUUCAACAGAUUAACGUUUAUGCCCAAAAAAAAACACCUAAAGUUAGACCAAGAAAAGUGCAACGAUUUUGAUAGCACACGCAGUGCAAGUGUUAUUCUAAACGUCAAACUUCUAUGAAAUUAUGACGUAUGAAAUAACACUUUUACUACGUGUGCUAUCAAAAUCGUUGCACACUUUUCUUGAUCUAAGGGUUGGUUGCACCAAACUGUUUGUCAUCGUUAAAGAGUUCGCUAAAUUUCAUUGUAUGGAAAGUUUCAUAGUAAACCGCCGCGGCGCGCCGGGUUACGUUGAUCAGUCUGUCAAGUGCGGAUGGUGCAACUGGCACUAACUCUAUCAAAAUUUCAACUAUAGCUUAGACACUUUUACUGCAGAAAGAGGCGGGCAACUCUAAUGGGUGAUUAACUCUUAGUUUAGUUAAAAAAUAUGCACCAGAAAUUAUCUUACAACAAAAAUAAAGUUACAACGCGGCUAGAUACUCCCGAUUAAUAUAUUAAUUAGAUGUCAGAAUUGAAUUAAUGUAUUAUUUACUGUAAAAGUGUUAAAUUGGAAUAUAAAAAUAUUGUUGCUCGUUGUAAUCUAAAAGUCGGGUGUUACCAUAUUUACCUGCACUGUAUUUUAAUUACAUCCUAAAAAUAAGUAUUUUUGGCCGCCGACGCUUUUAUUUACAUGAUGGUGCCAUGGCCAUAACCAGAAUUCUGAUUUAUUUACUUUAGACAUUAGAGGAGAUAUCCUAAUAACAUCUUCCGAAAAAAUAUAUAUCACCAUGAAUAUACUAAAUUAAUCAUUUUUAACGCCUUGUCAUAUUAUCGUGACUGCCUAUUUAUGUAAAAUACACCUUAAAGCACUGCAAUUAAGUCUUCAGUUUCUUUGUUCUAUAAAAUAUUAGGUAUUAGGUGCAGUGAAGUCUUCAGAAUAAACCUAGUAUCACUAAAAUAUAAAGAUAUUAGUAUCAAAAUGUGUUUGAAACUAUAUAAUGUAUUAUAAAUAUUUCUCUACUUUGCAAGGACUUUUUUCUAAACUUGACAUGAAUGAAAUUCUGUAUGGAAUUAACUGCUCAUAAUUUUUUAUCAAUGCUGUUGUAAUGUGUAAUAUCAGGAUAGAUGCUUAAGAAAAUAAUUUAUUAUAAAGCAAUUUAUAAAGCUGA